UAGCGAAAGAAAAACUCGUAGAAGGACUGAAUUUGUUCGCGUAAUUGUCGAUUUAUAUCUUAAAAUGGCGUUUGAUUCCAUACCGAAAGACCUCCGAGCAUUACGUGCGUGUCUAGUGUGUUCCAUGAUUAAAUCGUUUGAUCAGUUCGAAACGGAUGGAUGUGAUAAUUGCGAAGACUUUCUGCGUAUGAAAAACAACCGGGAACAAGUCUACGACUGUACCAGCAACAAUUUCGAUGGAAUGAUAGCGGUAAUGAGCCCGGAUGAUAGCUGGGUUUGCAAAUGGCAAAGAAUAAGUCGAUUCACUAAGGGAAUCUAUGCUAUAUCCGUAUCAGGAAGGCUUCCAAAUGGUAUCAUCAGGGAGAUGAAAAACCGUGGUAUUCCAUAUCGACCGAGAGACACUAGUCAACGAUAGUUCUUCUAUAUACUG